GAGGAAGGAUUACGGGUAUUUAACCUUCAUUUGUAGACUGGGUUUUUGGUGUGGCAAUGUCCCAGCACUCCUCAUGGUUAUGCCAUAUACUGCCAUACAAUUUACUGUGUUGCACAAAUUGAAGACAUUUGCAACUGGUUCUUCCAAGACAGAGGAUCACAUUCAUUUAAGUCCGUAUCUUUCUUAUAUCAGUGGAGCAUUAGCGGGAUGUGCAACAACGGUUGGAUCAUAUCCAUUUGAUCUUCUACGAACCAGUUUAGCUUCGUAGGUGGGCAGUCGUCAUUAGCUGACUAUUGCACUUAUUAUGUAGCUUAUUCUGAUGGAUCAUGCAAUCAUGCACAGACAUGAACAGUGCGCGAGCACCUGACAGAAUGUUGGGUGAGGUGAGAGGACAUAGCUCAAGGUGUAUGGCCUCAUCAUUAGUACGGACUGGGUUUGUAAGGGGUUCCAUGACCCAAGGAAAUGGUUGUUAUCAGCACAGGUGUAUAAAUAAUUCGCUGGAGGUUGUUGUUGAUGUUGUUUGGAAAGUGUGUCCUGCAGCUGCUACUUCAUUCACUUUUCCCUCCACAAAUCCAAGAUCCAAACACAACCUAAGCCAACAAUACAGGGAGAUGAACCUGUUGGUUGGGGCAGAUCAAACCAGGAAAUCAGUUGGAUGAUUAUAUAUCUAGAUUGAAUGCAAUCCUGUCCCAGAAGGCUGUUGGCAUUCUACAUCUACAAAACCGUUUGGCUCAUUUUCAGAGACGUCUAAAGGAGCAUAAUGUUCUAGUGUCUUCUACAGAUUGCUAGACCAGUAUAUGUAAUUGUUUUCUAUGUUGUAGAUUUCAUUCUUUUUUCAGUGCUCCAAAUACUGUGACUAAUAUAAUUAAAAUAAUAUUAAGAUUUUUUUUGUUUUUUUGCACAAUGAUUGUGGACUAUCAUUUGAUAUGAUUUUAUUAUUUGAGUGGGAGUUAUUAUUUUAUAUUAGUGUUAU